AACGUCAUUUCGGCUUCCGUCGUCGUCGCGUAAGCACUUGACGUCAGCAUAACAACAACCCGUCAUGACAGCUCGUAUGGGGGAAAAAUAUCGGUGAAGAUUUGCUAUCAAAUCAUAUAAAAUCGGUUUCACCUGGAUGUAAGAUUCUUUACAUAAGACCAGGAGGGACAGGGCAUUCUUCAGCCUGUCAGUUAGCCAGCCGAAGAGACGGGGAACAGGAUAGGGAAGCAGGGCGAGGCGGGCCCCGCGGAGCCGGUGGAGAAGAUGGCCGGCAGCCCGGAGAAGAGUUCCACCGCACAGGAGCUAAAGGAACAGGGGAACCGACUGUUCCUCUGCCGCAAGUACCAGGAGGCUGCUACAUGCUACAGUAAAGCUAUUAACCGUAAUCCAUCGGUGGCAGUGUACUACACCAACAGGGCUCUGUGCCAUGUGAAGCUGCAGCAGCAUGACAAGGCCCUGGCAGACUGUAAGCACGCGCUGGAGCUGGACAGCCAGUCGGUCAAAGCCCACUUCUUCUUGGGCCAGUGUCACCUGGAGCUGGAGAACUACGAUGAGGCCAUUGGAAACCUGCAGAAAGCUUAUAAUCUGGCGAAAGAACAGAGGCUGAACUUUGGAGAUGACAUCCCCAGCGCCUUGCGCAUUGCCAAGAAAAAGCGUUGGAACAGCAUCGAGGAAAAGCGCAUCAACCAGGAGAACGAGUUACAUGCCUAUCUGACCAAACUAAUACUAGCUGAGAAGGAAAGAGAACUAGAAGAAUACAAAGAGAAACAGGACGACAAUCAGAAUGGAGGUGAUGCUGCCAAGAUUUCAUCCAAACAUGACAAGUAUCUAAUGGACAUGGAUGAGCUCUUCUCUCAAGUGGAUGAGAAAAGAAAAAAGCGGGAGAUCCCAGAUUAUCUGUGUGGGAAAAUCAGUUUUGAGCUGAUGAGGGAACCCUGCAUCACACCCAGUGGAAUCACAUAUGAUCGCAAAGACAUCGAAGAGCAUCUACAGCGAGUGGGCCAUUUUGACCCAGUCACCAGGAGUCCCCUGACCCAGGACCAGCUGAUCCCGAACCUGGCCAUGAAAGAAGUGAUCGAUGCCUUUAUCCAGGAGAACGGCUGGGUGGAGGACUACUGAAGGGACCCUGCACCUUACAUCUCCCCAUCAUACCCCAAUACUCAACAUAAAGCCUGGACAACACAAGACUAUAGAGAACAGAUCACCCCUUGCCUGGAUAUGUACUUUAAACAAGCAGGAAAAGCCACACUAUGGACUACCAAAAGGGAGCCAUGUAUCUUGGUCUGCCUCUUCCUCCACACAUUAAAUCUUUGCUGUAAAACGCCCCGCUACGAACUCCCUGAAGCUCAGCACUCAAGGCCUGCUGGUCCCUUUAAAAACCUGCUUCCUUCUUUUUCUAUGCUUUCUCUCUCUCACACACAUUCUCUUCCUUUCUGUCAGUUCUGUUUCUACUUUUUCAAGCCUGACUCCUUUCUUUAUCCAAAAUAAGGGGCCACAUUCUCAGGUCUCUCUUAUUCCCUCUCUCUUUCUUCUUCUCUUGAGUGCCACAAUCUUUGGAAAGCGUCAGCGUUGCACUCCGGUGUUUCACAGAUGUCACCAAUCUGAACAAAAGAAAGAAAAGUCACACACAGUCUUUGAAUUUAUUAAGUUAUUUGCCUUUUAUUAGGCGUUUCCUCUAGUAUUUCUUAGUCAUUUUUUGAGUAAGCAUUGGAAAAUUUCCCCAUUUCUGAAGCGGUACCUAAAAUGCCAAAACCCGGUUCUCAAUGAGGGUGACCAAUUUGUAUGCAAAGUUUCACAUAAGUGAAAAAUAGCAGCAGGGGUUGCACCUCCAGGAGGCGCUCUAAUCAUGCCCACCCAUGUCAACAGGCUGUAAGAUUUUGAGUGGAUUAUUAGUUGUUGUUUUUUUUCUUUACAAAUCAAUCACACCCCAUAACAGACAAUUCAUAUAAGUUGAAUGUAUGUAUAAUGUACUUUUUAGGUUUAGGCCUGACCUACAGUAAUUCAAAAUGUUUUUUUAUCAGGACAGUACAAGAAUUUCACAAAAAAGCAGCCUUGAACAGGACGCAGAAAAUGAAUAGAAACAGCCGCUGCGUUUAAAAAAAAAAAAAAAGUUUACACAUUGCUGGGUAGUAGUCGAAAAUGUUGAAAUGUUUUGAAUUUUGAUAAAUCAGCUGUGUAGGUUGAUGCUAAAAACCUGCUUUGAAGAAUGAUCUGUGCUGUCUGUGUUGAUUAUAGAAACAAAAAUGUGCUUGGACGUUGUGUUUGGCUCGUGCUGUUUGCCUGGAAUGACCGUGGACGCCCACAUCAAGCUUGAAGUGAACUUUCUUUUCCUUCGCAGAGGCAGGAAGGUAGCUGUCAUUUUUCCUCACCUUUGUUGUGUUAAUUUCAUCCAACGCAGUGUCACAUUUUGAAGAGAACGGCUGCAACAGAUAAAACAGUGAUCAGUGAGUUUUGUCUUGUGAGGGACUUUUGAAGGGCGCCGGCAUCACUACACCGACCUCCUCUGUGUCAGAAAUGCUGGAAGAGUUAUGACCAUCUUAUCUCAUCCUUACCUCCACAUUCUUGUGUGCUGGUUCACUGGCAUUCUCUGUAAAACACAUUUUCAGUUAAGCGCCCUUAGAGGUUUUUUUCCAGCUGAAUGUGUGUCUGUGAUGAAUUAGGCCUGUUGGUGGUUUGUGUCAGGGUGCAGGCAGUGUAAAUAACUUGCUUGUGUAUCUCAGAUUUUAUUUCUUGACAAAAUUAGGGUUCUUUUUUUUUCUUGAGAAGUCCUAGAGCUUGAGAAACUGUAUUAAAUGUAGAUAUGUUGAUAACAUAAAUGCUUCGUUCAGUUUUCAUUUGUCCCAUUAAACCAUGAACUUUG